UGCCAAAAUAGUACCCUGUGCCACAUUCUCCCUGUUACACGUCCAACUUUGCCUCUGCUUUUUCUUCACCAUUCUCUCUCUCUCUUCUCUUCUACCCUUCUCUUUCUCUCUCUAGAACUGGUUUCGCCAUGUCUUUCCGCGGUGGAGGAGGGACGAAUGCAUCAUCGGGAAUGGGGGUGGCCGAUCAGAGCAACAUCACCUACACAGAGCUGCAGCGGAAGAAGGUGCACCGCUAUGUGAUAUUCAAAAUCGACGAGAAGAAAAAAGAAGUUGUGGUUGAAAAGACUGGCGGCCCAGCCGAGAGUUACGAAGACUUCACUGCUUCUCUACCUGAGAGUGACUGCCGAUAUGCAGUUUACGACUUCGACUAUGUCACCUCUGAGAAUUGCCAAAAGAGCAAGAUCUUCUUCAUUGCAUGGUCUCCUUCGAUUUCUCGUAUUCGAGCAAAGAUGCUAUACGCAACAUCAAAGGAAAGGUUUAGGAGGGAGCUGCAGGGUAUACACUACGAAAUUCAGGCCACCGAUCCAACAGAGAUGGAUCUUGAGGUCAUUAGAGAGCGCGCAAAUUGAAAUCUUUCUCGGGGCGCAACUAUUAUAUAUACGCAUGCAAAAUCUAUAAGAAAUUAAGUCGAUAUAUAUAUGCGAAAUGUGGCUUUUCGAUCAAUACUUGUGCCUUGUACCGUAAAAGUCGCACAUUAAAUAAUUUGAGCAUGAUGGGGAAGGCUGAUUAGGAGCUCUCUUGUAUUGGAGGUUUCCUUCUUCUCGCGAUGCUUCCUCAAUGAAAAUGUGUCUCGUUUAUCGCUAUUAGCAGUUGAAAUUAAUAUAUCGUAUAAACUCGAUUAUCAGUUGCGAUUAUUUUUUUCUUA